UUCUCUUCUCCCAGUGUUUCACCAAUUUUGAAUAAAUUUGGGUUAUUAACUUCCCGGCUUCUCCAGCUAAGUGCGGAGGGAGCUUAUCUCCGUAGUUAGCCAAGGAGCCGCCUUGUUCAGACAGCCAUGUACAUCAAACAGGUCAUCAUCCAGGGGUUCCGAAGUUACAGGGACCAGACUGUGGUGGACCCCUUCAGCCCAAAACACAAUGUAAUCGUUGGAAGAAAUGGAUCAGGAAAAAGUAACUUUUUCUAUGCCAUCCAGUUUGUGCUCAGUGAUGAGUUCAGCCACCUGCGACCUGAACAGCGCCUGGCUCUGCUCCACGAGGGAACUGGUCCUCGGGUCAUUUCGGCUUUUGUGGAGAUUAUAUUUGACAACUCUGACAACCGGCUGCCGAUCGACAAAGAGGAAGUCUCCCUCCGGCGUGUCAUUGGCGCAAAGAAGGACCAGUACUUCUUAGACAAGAAGAUGGUGACUAAGAACGACGUCAUGAACCUUCUGGAGAGUGCCGGCUUCUCUCGCAGCAACCCCUACUACAUCGUCAAGCAGGGAAAGAUCAACCAAAUGGCCACAGCUCCUGACUCCCAGCGUCUGAAGCUUCUGAGAGAGGUGGCGGGAACACGAGUGUACGAUGAGCGCAAAGAGGAGAGUAUUUCUCUCAUGAAGGAGACAGAGGGGAAGCGAGAGAAGAUCAAUGAGCUGUUGAAGUACAUCGAGGAGCGUCUGCACACCCUGGAGGAUGAGAAGGAGGAGCUGGCUCAGUACCAGAAGUGGGACAAGAUGAGAAGAGCCCUGGAGUACACCAUCUACAACCAGGAGCUGAACGAGACCCGCGCCAAGCUGGACGAGCUGUCCAGCAAGAGAGAGACCUGUGGAGACAAAUCCAGACAGCUGCGUGAUGCUCAGCAAGAUGCCCGCGACAAAGUAGAGGAGACGGAGCGUGUGGUGCGAGAGCUGAAGUCCAAGAUCUCUGCCGGGAAGGAGGAGCGCGAGCAGCUGGGGGCCGAACGCCAGGAGCAGAUCAAGCAGAGGACCAAACUGGAGCUGAAGACCAAGGACCUGCAGGACGAGCUGGCAGGCAACAGCGAGCAGAGGAAACGCCUGCUGAAGGAGCGUCAGAAGCUUCUGGAGAAGAUCGAGGAGAAGCAAAAUGAGUUGCAGGAGACUGAACCCAAAUUCAACAUGGUGAAGGAGAAAGAGGAGCGGGGCAUAUCCAGGUAGGGAUGACGCACUCUCAGCCACG